ACCGCUUUUUCGUUGCACGUUAGUAUUAAGUGUCUAAUCUACUUCGGUCACACUAAUCACACGUUUUGUUUUUUGCGCUAUUCCUGUUACUUUUUUUCGACGUACACACGCGUUUUGUUAUUUUGCGCGAUUAAUUAAUGGCAAAAAUUAGAAAAAAAAUUAAAUAACGAGGCGAAAUAACGAAAACACCAGCGGCCGAGCAAGUGUGCGUGCGAGAGUGUGUGUUAGUGUUGUGUCUGUGUGAGCGUUUAUAAAUAAAACGCUGCGAAGCUGUGUGCGAAAAGCAGACGCGGAUAAAAAAGUAAAAGAAUGAGCGCAACCAAAAACAAGAGCGAAGUAAAGAAAGUGUUUUUUAUUGAAAUUCGUAGAAAAAUUUGAAUUUACUUAAACCGAGAGGCGAAAGUGCAACAGAGCUAAAGAGAGAGCGAUAAAUAGCGAGCUGUCCUAUCCGAAACCGAUCUGAAUCAGAAUCUGAAUCCGAAUCCGAUUUAUCAACCUGUUAAGCGAAGUGGAGCCACAAACCGAGUGCUUAAAUGGAUGCAACAUCAAUAAUAACGCAAGUUUCCCGCGACGACGAGCAACUGAACGUCUAUCCCAGCUAUCCCAAUGACAAAGACGAUGUGGAUCGCUUAAAGCCACAAAAGCGAGGAUUAUUCCAAUCUCUGCUUUGCUGCUGGCGACGAAACCGAACGAAAACCAACCAGAAUGGCACACAAAUCGAUGGUUCAACAACACCGCCACCAUUACCGGACCAACAAAGGUACCUACUACCUCAGGUUAGGCUUACCGAUAUGCACAGAAAGUGCAUGGUGAUCGAUUUGGAUGAGACCCUAGUGCACAGUAGUUUUAAGCCCAUACCGAAUGCUGAUUUCAUAGUUCCCGUAGAGAUUGAUGGAACCGUACAUCAGGUAUAUGUUCUGAAGAGACCGCAUGUGGACGAGUUUCUGCAGAAGAUGGGCGAACUAUACGAGUGCGUUCUGUUUACAGCAUCACUAGCCAAAUAUGCGGAUCCCGUCGCCGAUCUGUUAGACAAGUGGAAUGUGUUUCGUGCAAGACUGUUUAGGGAAUCAUGCGUUUUUUACAGGGGUAAUUACAUAAAGGAUCUGAAUCGUCUGGGACGGGAUCUUCAAAAGAUCGUCAUUGUCGACAAUUCACCAGCCAGUUAUAUCUUUCAUCCAGACAAUGCAGUUCCUGUGAAAUCCUGGUUUGACGAUGUAACCGACUGCGAACUUCGCGAACUGAUCCCGCUCUUUGAGAAGCUUAGCAAAGUUGACUCCGUCUACUCGGUGCUCUGCAAUUCGAACCAGCCGCUGAACAAUCAGACCAACCAGCAGCAUCCACAGGAGCUGCAGCAGGCGCCGAACCAGCUGCAUCAGCAGCAGCAGCAACAGACCAUCUCUGCCACGACAGUUAUUACCCAGGCAACCACUCUGUCUGCUCCGACCAUGUUGAACCAGCAGCAGACAAGUCCGCCCAGCCCACAAAGCGAGUUGCUGCAAAAUACGUAACAUCAGUGGGAACUAAUGUUUAUAAAUAUAUGAUAAAUUGUAUACAUAUUACAAGACCAAGCAAGCCGACAAGCAAGCAAACAAACAUCCCUUUCCCAAACCGUUCACUCAUUACCCCAGGACGCAUGAAAAUGGGGCGACGAGAUGAAACCAACUACCAUUUGCUAUCAACUAUAAUCCCCAGCUCGACAGCUAGGCCUAAGCAUAAGUUUUAUAUGAUAUACAUAAUUUUUACAGAACCCAAUUUACACGGCACAUUUGUUAUUUAUUCUUGUUUUGCUCUACCAAUUAUAAUUAUUAUUUUUUUGUGUUUUUUAAACAACUGCUAAUUGCUUACUGCGUUUUGCGGUACCCCAACUAAGGGGUAUAUUAAAUUCAAGCAUAAGCCUCUAUUUUUACCCAAUAAUCAUAACUCUUUAAGCGUAUUUAAUGGUAAACCAACUGAGCAAGCAAAAGAUUUAAAUGCAUAAAACAAAAAUGAUAACUAUACAUAUGAACAGAGAGAUAAAAUCAAAUUCAAAAUAGCUAUA